ACCUUUAUUUCAGUUUCACUUUCACCGCUUUUUUGUGUCGCAGCAACGAUAUCUGUAGCCUGGUUUUCACACCCAGCAGUUGGCUUCCAGUUGAAUUAGUCUCUGAUGUUUGCAGCAGACAUCAUGGCGACUGCAGCAAUAGGUUUUCACACCCAGCAGUUGGCUUCCAGUUGAAUUAGUCUCUGAUGUUUGCAGCAGAGUGACAUCAUGGCAACUGCAGCAAUAGAUGAUCUGCAUCCUCUGAAGCGCAGUAGCAGCUAUGACUUUCUGCCACCUCACAUGUCUGAGCUGAGGGUUGUUCUGCUGGGGAACAGCUGGUCUGAGAGGAAUUCAGUGGGGAACUUGAUACUGGGAGAGACUGUGUUCAACGAAGCACCUGAAUGUUGUAUGAGAAUCAGUGUACCGUUGCAGAAGAAAAACAUUGUUGUCGUCAACACUCCAGAUCUGCUGCGCCCCAACAUCUCUCAACAUGAACUGACAGAACAUGUAGAAAAGUGUGUGAAAUACUCUGCUCCUGGACCUCAUGUGUUCCUGCUGGUUCUACAGCCUGAAGGCUUCACUGAAGAACACAAACUGAGACUCUACAGAGUCCUUAAACUCUUCAGUGAUCAAUCAUUUGAUCAUUCAUUGGUGCUGAUCUCACCACCCAGAGAGGAGAGUUCAGCUUCCAUGGAAACAUACAUGGAACAGCCUCCAUUAAAAGACCUGAUCAGAAAAUGUAGGUACAGAUACUUGAAGAAGAAGAACCUUGAUCACUCAGAGCUGUUAACACGUUUGGGUCAAACUGCAAAGGAGAACAACGGAAAGCACGUGACCUAUGAACCAUUUGAGGAUGCAACAUCUACUUUACCAGAGGAUCAUCAAAGCCCAAAACAGAAGGAAACACACACUCCUAUCGCAAAUGCUGUUAAAGCUACUGGGAUUACAGCAAAAAUCCCUGGACAACUCUCAGAGGAAAACCCUGUAACUCACACAUCUGCAUUUAGGAUUGUGCUGCUGGGAAAAAGCGUGGACAAACAGACAAAAAUUGGUAACUUCAUCAUUGGUAACCAAUUUUUUCAUAACCAAAGAACUUUCUCAACCAGGCAAUGUGUGGCAACCUGUGGAGAGUGGAGAGGAAAAUCAUUAACGGUCGUGAAAACUCCAGACAUGUUCAGUCUGUCUGAGGAGAACUUGAGAAGAGAGGUGAAAAACUGUGUGACUCUUUGUCCUCCUGGACCAAAUGUUCUGCUGCUGUUAGUGAAGCCUUCUGAAUUCACAGAGAAGAACAGACAAACACUGAAGUCCAUCCUGAGUUUGUUUGGUCAAGAUGCCUUUGAGUACUCAAUGAUCCUUGUGACACAUCCGUGGAAAGAAAUGACAGUCCCUGUUAAUGGACUCCUUAAAGACUGUGGAGGAAGAUACUACAUCAUGUCUGAAAAUAACCAUAGAUCAUUAAUGAAGAAGAUUGAAGAAACAGCAAAUAAAAACAACAAAACCCCACCGCCUGUGUCUGAACACAUCAAACCGGCUUUGAACCUGGUUCUCUGUGGGAGGAGAGGAGCAGGGAAGACUUCAGCAGUCUACGCCAUUUUAGGUCAGACAGAGUUAGUGUCCAUUUCAUCAGAGUGUGUUAAACAUCAGGGAGAGGUGUGUGGACGUUGGGUUUCCCUGGUGGAGCUGCCUGCCUUGUAUGGAGAACCUCAGGAGGCAGUGAUGGAGGAAUCCUUCAGGUCUAUCUCCCUCUGUGAUCCUGAGGGAGUUCAUGCCUUCAUCCUGGUCCUACCUGUGGGUCCCCUCACUGAUGAAGACAAGGGAGAGUUAGAGACCAUCCAGAACACAUUCAGCUCUGCAGUCAAUGACUUCACUAUGAUCCUGUUCACAGUGGAGUCAGAUCCUACAGAUCCAGCUGUUGUUAACUUUCUAAAGGGUAACAAGGACAUCCAGGAGCUCUCUGAGAGCUGUAGAGGAAGAUAUGUUCUCAAUAUCAACGACAAGCAGCAGAUCCCAGAGCUGUUGGAUGGUGUGGAAAAGAUGAGAGUCGCUGAGUCCAGAUUCUUCACAAAGGACAUGUUCACCAAGGCUCAGAUGAAGAAGGUUGCUAGACUUACAGCUGAACUGCAGGAAGUUAAAAAGAAGAGUGAGGUGGAAGAUGAUGAUAAACAUCAGAGCAGAGAGUGUCUCAGGAUGGUGCUGAUUGGGAAGACUGGCAAUGGGAAGAGUGCAACUGGAAACACUAUUCUGGGCAAAGAACAUUUUGCAUCUAUAUGCUGCCCAAUAUCUGUCACUAAGUUUUGUGAGAAAGCAACAGGAGAGAUUGAUGGACAGCCUGUUGCUGUGGUCGACACUCCCGGCUUGUUUGACACGACUCUGUCCAAUGAUGACGUUAAACUGGAGCUUCUGAACUGCAUCAGCAUGUUGUCUCCUGGACCUCAUGUCUUCUUACUGGUGCUGCAGAUUGGUCGCUUUACACAGGAGGAAAAGGACUCUGUGGAACUGAUCAAGAAAUAUUUUGGUAAGAAGUCAGGAGACUUCAUUAUUAUUAUAUUCACCAAAGGAGAUGAUCUCAGUCAGUCAAUUGAGAGUUACAUAGAAUACUGUGACUUUUUGAAAAAACUGGUACGUGACUGUGGAGGAAGAUACCAGGUCUUCAAUAAUAAGGUUACGAAUGAUAACACACAAGUCAGAGAGCUGCUGAAGAAAUCCAACAAAAUGCUGAAGGAAAAUGGAGGCAACUGCUACACCUCAGAGAUGUUCCAAGAGGCCGAGGAAGCCAUACAGAAGGAAGUGGAGAAGAUCCUGAAGGAGAAAGAAGAAGAAAUGCAGAGACAGAGGGAGGAGCUUCAAAGAAAACAUGAGGAGGAAAUGGAAGCAGUGAAGAGAAGAAUGGAACAAGAGAAAGCAGAUAUUGAACAUAAGAGAGCCAAACAACUUGAAAAAAUGGAGGAAAACAUCAACAAGGAGCGCAAGGAGAGAAAGAAAGAACAGAAAAUGAGAGAAGAAGAAGACAGGAAGAAGAGAAGGCAGGAAGAACUUCAACGACAGGAGUGGGAGCAAAAACUUGCAGCUCUUAAGUCAGAAUCAGAAGAAAAGUUGGAGCAGAGUAAAGAAGAGAUGAGAAGGAAACGAGAGGACUGGGAAAAGGAAAGAGAGGAAUGGUGGGACAAACGAAAUCAAGAAAAUGAACAGAAACGACAUGAGGAGCAAACAAGACUUAAAAAACUCCAAGAAGAAUAUGAGGAGGAAAUGGAAGCAGUGAAGAGAAGAAUGGAACAAGAGAAAACAGAUAUUGAACAAGAGAGAGUCAAACAACUUGAAGAAAUGAAGGAAAACAUCAACAAGGAGCGCGAGGAGAGAAAGAAAGAACAGGAAAUGAGAGAAGAAGAAGACAGGAAGAAGAGAAGGCAGGAAGAACUUCAACGACAGGAGUGGGAGCAAACACUUGGAGCUCUUAAGUCAGAAUCUGAAGAAAAGUUGGAGCAGAGUAAAGAAGAGAUGAGAAGGAAACGAGAGGACUGGGAAAAGGAAAGAGACGAAUGGUGGGACAAACGAAAUGAAGAAAAUGAACAGAAACGACAUGAGGAGCAAACAAGACUUAAAAAACUCCAAGAAGAAUAUGAGGAAGAAAUGGAAGCAGUGAAGAGAAGAAUGGAACAAGAGAAAGCAGAUAUUGAACAUGAGAGAGCCAAACAACUUGAAGAAAUGGAGGAAAACAUCAACAAGGAGCGCGAGGAGAGAAAGAAAGAACAGGAAAUGAGAGAAGAAGAAGACAGGAAGAAGAGAAGACAGGAAGAACUUCAACGACAGGAGUGGGAGCAAAAACUUGGAGCUCUUAAGUCAGAAUCAGAAGAAAAGUUGGAGCAGAGUAAAGAAGAGAUGAGAAGGAAACGAGAGGACUGGGAAAAGGAAAGAGAGGAAUGGUGGGACAAACGAAAUCAAGAAAAUGAACAGAAACGACAUGAGGAGCAAACAAGACUUAAAAAACUCCAAGAAGAAUAUGAGCAGGAAAGAGAAAAAAAUGAAAAGAAAAGAAAAGAAGAAGAUCGAAAAAGAAGAGAACAGGAGGAAAAGGAGAGAAAAGAAUUGGAGGAAACCUAUAAGAAACAACUGGAGGACAUGAAGAAGAAAUAUGAAGAGGAGGCCAGAAAACAGGCUGAAGAGUUCAAUGAGUUCAGACAGAAAUACACCAAGGACUUCACAGCGUUGGUCGAGAAGCACAUGGAGGAAAUAAAGGACAUGAAGCAAAGGCAAGAGAGACAGAUACAAGAGUCAGCAGAGAGCCAUGGUCAACAGUACAAUCUGUUAAAAGACCUCUCAAGUCUCAAAGAAGAAACACUGAAAGAAAAAAUGAAGGAGUUGAAGAGAACGCAUGAAGAAGAAAUGGAAGACAAACAAAACCAAUCAAGACUUUUAAAAGAAGAAACAGAGAAGUUGAAGAAACAGCAUGAACAGGAAAUGAAAGAGUUGGAAGAAAAAUACCGAAGCACAUGUAUCAUCCUUUGACCUCCCCACUGACUCUUGAUCAUUAUGAUGUUAAACAACUGCAGGUGUUUAACACUGUAAGUUUACAGAAUACUUUGUUUUUUCCUAUAUUACAUCAACUGUAAGUAAUUAACAUACAAGAAUACACACACAUACUGUAUAUUUUAGUUUUACUUAUUUGCUGGACCAUGGAGGUGGUGCGACCAGGAGUCUGGAUGAUUCUUUGUGUCCCUCAGACAGACAUUGCUGUGAAGGGUUCAUUGUGUUCAUUGAGCUACAGCCUGACUACUGUUUGUCACUGCAGGUUGAAAAUACAUCAUAUAUACAGUAUAUGAUUUAUCAUAGUCAUUAUUUGUAUACUUAUUUUAGAAUCAUUAUUUGUUAAAUUGAUCAUAUCAUUAUUUCAAGAUAAUUAUUUUCCUUGCAUAGUAUACAUUUUAUUACACUGCAUCCUAAUCAUUUAUUGUAUUUCAAUAUUGUUUAUUUGCAAUGUAACAUACAUUUUUAUCUGUAUUAACACACACACACACACACUAUUUUUCAAGUAGUUUUUAAAAUCAGUAAUUUAAAAUGUUACAAUUUGAGUGAAGUAUUGUAUUUUGCUACAUUACAAAUCCCAUCCGUUACUGAGUAAAAAACAACUUAAACUUUGACUUUGAACCACUACAGUGACGAAUGAUCAGCAUGUAGGCUGCCUACCAGGCGCCAAGUCUUUCUGUAGGAGAUGGGGAACGAGAUGGAGGUGGUCAGAACUAACAAUGUAUGGUACUUUCACUUUCAAUUGAUUGUUUGAAAAUGUUUUAUGGGAUGUUCUGUACUAACAUUGCAUAUCAUACAUUUAUAAGGUCUCACAUGUCAUAUGUGACAUGUUUCAUGUUGUUAUUGCAUUUGUAUAGAUUUUUAUACAUUUUUCUUUAAGUAAAAAGAAAGUAGUUUUGGAUUUACAGUAUGACCCCUUGUCCUAUUUUCACUAAAUGGGAGAGAUAUUAUUUUGUCAUUUAUGGAGUCAAACACUUGAUUUGGUCUUAAUGUGCUUAUUAAUUGUUUGUGAAGAAAGGGAUGGCCCUCAGAACCAACAAUGUAUGGCACUUUCACUUUCAAUUGAUUGCUUGAAAACGUUUUAUGGGAUGGUCUGAACUCAAAUUGCAGAUUAUACUUUUCUAAGGAUCUUAACUGUCAUGUGUGACAUGCAUUAUGUUGUUAUUACAUGUGUAUACAUUUGUAUAGAUUUUUCUUUAAUUAAAAACAAAAUAGUUUUGGAUUUAUGACCCCUU